UGUCAAAAGAAAUUUCAACUUUUCGUACAUCUCGAUCACGACACGGCUCUUAUCGAAAGUAAACAAUAAAUAAUUCAGUUUCGUCCUGUGGACACUCUUCGGGUUCUAUUGUUCUAUCGACCAGCAAUUACUCUAAGACAAUGUCUAAAUCCGGAGAAAUUUUGCGGAUCGGACACGGAAGCUACAGCUUCCUUUGCAUACAUUGUGGCUUCAAUUUCGAUGAUAUCAACGAAAUUCUUUCUCACAUUGACUACCAUUUCGACAUACUGGACAAUAAAAUAGCUACCACAGCUGACGACUCAAAUGUUUUUAGUGGGCCAGCGAGCAUAGGCGAGGUUGACGAUUAUUCUAUAGAAAAGUUACGUGCACAUCAAAGUGAAAAUGCUGAGAAUAUCCAAACAGAUUUUAAGUUUGAAGGUCACAGAGUCACAAAGACUGAUCCGGACGAACUCCCGUUGGAUUUUAACAUUUUUAAUGCAGCGGAAAGUGCAGAGGUGUCGACGAAUAUUCAGCGCAAAAAUAUUAAGUCAACAGCAAAAGUGAAGAGCAAACGAAAGAGCGAUGUGCCUGACGACAGUAACUCGUGCUCUUUCUGCCAAUUGACCUUCAAUAAUUCGACUGACUGCAAGAGUCAUCUGAGAGAUGUCCAUCAAAUGUUAGACAAAACGUUCGAGUGCUACAUAUGCGGAUACAUUGGAAAAAGUAUCACUGCCCUGAGGAGACACUUCGGAAGCGGACUCCAUUCGAAAACCAGCUGCUACUUAUGCGAAUCCGAACCGGCUGUACGAAAUGAAUGGGAUCCGAGACCACAUAAAUGCUGUCUGUGUAGCUCGUGGUUCGAAAAUCAUGUACAGUUCCGCAAACACUUUCGAGACGAACACGAUGAAGAUGCCGAACGGUUCUUCAGCAAAAAAUCCAAUAUCAACGAGUACAUCUGCUACAUUUGCCGGAAGGGCUUCAUUCACAAAUACUAUCUGCGAAGCCAUAUGAUCGUCCACAGUGAACUGAAAGCUUUUGUUUGCGAUGUCUGUGGGAAGACUUAUCGAACAAAGGCCAUUCUUAAGCGCCAUUUAAACGUUCAUGAGGGUAAGACCUAUCACUGCGAAGAGUGCGGCAAGACAUUUCCGUAUUAUGCCAGACUUAGAAUCCAUCGAUACUCGCAUCGGACGGAAUUGAAUCACAUAUGCAAAGUGUGUUCUAAGGCAUUCAAAGUGCAAAAAUAUUUGGCCAGGCAUAUGAAAGUGCAUCAGGAGGAAAAAGCGUAUGCGUGUAGGUAUUGCGGUAAACGGUUUACCUUUAGUACGGGUCGCAGGGCGCACGAAAUAUCGCAACAUAAUGCCAUUUAAAUUCGAAGGUGUCGUUUUAAUAAAACAUUUUGUUUAAUGAAGUGAA